GGCUCCCGAGGUUCCUAAUGCAGAAUCAGAAAUUCGUCAAGCCUCGAUGAAAAAAGAAGAUGAAAGCGAAAACCUGAUGAACCACGACGGCGAAAACAACAAACAAGAAACACCAGUAGCUGUCGCAUGCCCCGAAGAUGUGGACGUUGAGCAAGAUGACCAAGAGCAGCGACAAAAGAACCAAGAGGACAAAACUCCUGGUGCUAACCUAUCAACCAGUCCCGCACUGGUGGACGACCAAAACGUCAUUGCGCCCGUAUGGCGUUCUCAAAUGUUACAUUCUCAACUGUUACACGAGUUUGUAAUGCAAGAGUGGCAAAAUCGAAAGGAGGAAGAUUGCGCCUUUUGCAUUACAGGUUUGGCACAGAUUCUAAUCCUAUUUAGCGAGUCGCGGACUUGUCAUGCGAAGCAGCUUGCUCAUGUAGUUACUCAUGGCAAACUUGCAUGACAAAUCAUGUAACAGUUGAGAAUGUAACGCUUGAGAACCCCAUAGCCCGGCUUGGUGCAAGCGCGGAUCGCUUCCUUCAAUUCCCAUGCCGUGACGAAGUCCCCCCCGAGUGGUCAUGGCGCAAAACAUAAAAGUUCCCCUUCUGCUAGUCGUGGGAACAAGGACAAGUCAGGACCGUCUAUCGGAGCCAAUAAACAACGACCCUCGGAGGUUGAUGUUGAACAAAAGCGAGGCAGCGAUGAGAACUACCACAAAGAACGGCGACGAUCCGCGGUCUCAUUGGAUGACGCCACUCAUGUGGAAACUGAUCUGAACAAGAACGAAGAAAAUACGUCGCCAAAAGUGGAAAGCGCGGAGAUGCCGGUGGAAGUUCUUGCGCACCAGCAGGAGCCGAAAGAGCUCCCACAUGCUUCGAAGGCAGCUGUAGACGAGGCUCUUUCCACCUCUUCCCGGAUCAUGGAUGCUGCGUCCGUUUCGUCUCCGGCACCAGCACUACUAUCCGCUGAUGUUGUUGCAGCUCCUGAGGAUGUAGCUCCCUGUUCAGAGGACCAAGACAAGGUUCAGGCCUCGAGGAAAGUAGAAGAUGGCACUGCAGCUCCUCUUUGUGGUGAUGAAGAGAC